AUGCCCUCAUGGGGAAGACCACCGGGGGCACGAACGGGGAGACACAACCGGGGACGCGCAUGGGAAGAGGCGCGAGUGGAGGAGGUGGACAGCGAGGAGGAUGUAUAUGGACGGGAGAUGGUGCGGAGCGGGCGGUACAUGCGACAGCUGGAGUAUGGGGGCCGAGGGCCGCGCAGGCGGUCGGACUAUGAUGAACUGACGGAUGAUGAAUCGGUGGAUGGCGGGGACUUCGACCUAUACGACCACGAGGAUAGCACGGUGGCCUAUGCGGUUCAAUUGGCCAUGCGGGACAAGGAGGAUCAGUUGGUGGACAAGGCGCUGGAGCGAAUUCGCCGGGCCCAAAUGUUAGGACAGAAGAAUGUCCGGCUAUCGAAACGUGAGCUGGAUGCCCUGGAGCGAAAGCGUCAACAGAUGGACGGCCCAAGCGGAUCGCGGCGUCCCAAGCAGGCUACCAAUCCCGCCAGCGCCGUGUCCCGACCGUCGUCUCGACGAAGCGCUGCGCCAGAGCAACAUCCGGGAUCGUAUCCGGCCUUUGCGCCUGAUACAAAUGGAUGGACUCGUGGCACAGGUGCUUCGCGACCUUCCAGUUCAUCUUCUGCGCGCCCGAGGACCCCGACUACCCACUCACUUCGUCCGCAACAGUCCAACUCGCCUCUUCGACCUACCUACUCGCCUUAUCCCCCCGACCGUUUUGCUUCGAAUGGCCGGCCGCAGUCCCUGCAGCAAUCGCCAAUUUACCAGCGGCCUCUGCCAGAUGAUCCCCAAUGGGCGCCAUCGUACUACAACCAAAUGCAAAUGACCCCAUACGGAGAAGCACCCUACCAGUCGCAACUCCCCACCGACCUUCGAGUUGGACCACAGAGUCGCAUGAGUUACCCUUCGGGUUCACCAUACCAAGCCUAUCAAUCGUCCCAGGAUACACGUCCACAAGGCACCCAACCCCGGGGAGAAAAGGCGGAAUCUGAGUCUGAGUUGUCCAGCGAAGAGGAAUCGGAGAGCAGUGACGGCGAAGUGCAGAUCAUCAAGGUCCAAGAGCGGCCGGCCCCGCCAACUGUUCGGCGGCGGGCUGUUUCUGGAGCAAGUCGAGGUGCCCGUAAGCGGACUAAUCGGUGA